AUGAAUAUCAUUGAAGCGGUUUUCGGUCGCUACAAGUCCCCAGCCGAACGGAUGCGGGAGCAUCAAAGGUCGUUACAGAAAGCCACUCGUGAACUAGAUAGGGAACGUACAAAAUUGGAAAGUCAAGAAAAGCAGCUGAUAAUUGACAUCAAGUCCAACGCCAAGAAAGGCCAAAUGAAUUCGUGCAAGGUUAUGGCUCGUGAUUUGGUUCGGACCCGGCGCUAUGUGGCUAAAUUUUAUUCGAUGAGGACCCAAUUACAAGCUGUAAGCUUGCGAUUACAGACUAUGAGAAGCAAUCAACAAAUGGCUGAAGCGAUGCGAGGUGCGACCCGGGCAAUGGGAAUGAUGAGUCGGACAAUGAAUUUACCCCAAAUUCAAAAAAUUCUCAUGGACUUUGAAAAAGAAAGUAGUGUGAUGGACAUGAAGGAAGAAAUGAUGAAUGAUGCGGUUGAUGACGCCAUGGAAGACAAUGAAGAUGAAACAGAGGAGGAGGAGAGUGAUAAGAUCUUACAGGAGGUCUUGGAUGACAUAGGCAUCAACUUGAGUCACCAGCUUGGGGAUACUCCGGUCCGACUCGAGGCCCCAUCGGCCGUCCAAGAAUCGCGACAAGCUGUAGCUAUCGGCGAUUCGUCGGCUGGCCCGAGCGGAAAUACUGGGGGAGCUACUAACGUACCGGACAUAGACGACUUCUCGGCUCGGUUGGCUUCAUUGAGAAAAGAUUGA